AAAGGGAAGGGAUAAUAAUCUAUAAAUAUUGGUCGGAAUCCUGUGCAAUCAUUUCGUUUUGCGCGUGGGGGUCUCUGGUCUAUCAAUAUCUCUCUCGGCUCUGUGUAUCUCGAAGAAAGCUAGCUAGGGUUUAGGUGUUUAAGAAGAUGCAGCAGCAGUCUCCGCAAAUGUUUCCGGCGAUGGUUCCUUCGAUUCCGUCAUCUAACAUCACCACGGAGCAGAUCCAAAAGUACCUUGAUGAGAACAAAAAGCUGAUAAUGGCGAUCAUGGAGAACCAGAAUCUCGGAAAACUUGCAGAAUGUGCACAGUACCAAGCUCUUCUCCAGAAGAACUUGAUGUACCUCGCUGCUAUUGCUGAUGCUCAACCUCCUCCACCUACUACAGGACCUGCACCAGCACCAGCUAUGGCUACCCAGAUGACGGCACCACAUCCUUCGAUGCAACCGCCUAGCUACUUCAUGCAACACUCACAAGCUUCAGGGAUGGCUCCACAACAAGCAUCACCCGCCGGUAUUUUCCCUACUCAAAGAGGUCCUUUGCAGUUUGGUAGCCCACACCAGCUUCAGGAUCAGCAACAGCAGCUGCAGCUACACCACCAACAAGCUAUGCAAGGAGGACACAUGGGGAUUAGACCAAUGGGUAUCAACAACAACAACGGGUUGCAGCAGCAUCAGAUGCAACAACAGCCGGAAACCUCUCUUGGAGGAAGUGGUGCAAACGUGGGACUUAGAGUAGGCAAGCAAGAUGGAGCAGAAGGACAAUGAUGGCAGAUGAAAGGGAACCAAAGAAAGCUUUGUUUUGUUUAUAUUUUUUAGGACUUGUGCUUUUCUCUCAUAAGGACUUUUGCAUCAAUUUUCUUUAGCAGAAGAUGUUAAGACUGUGGAGUUAGUUCCACAAACAGUGUUGUAUUAUUAUUUAGUACAAGUUCUAGAAGCAUCAUUAUUCUCA